AUGCGAAUAUUGUUAAGAGCUCAAUUAGCAUUGUGGCUAUUCAUUGUCACAGCAUGGGCUAAAGAUUUUAAUGGAGGUACAACAGUUGAUUGGGGUGUGCAAAAUGUUGGUCUUGGUGAUAUUAACAUUCACUCUGGUGCCAUCUGGUCGAUCAUCAACAAUGCAGCAUCUAAUUUUCAUGGGAAUAUCAAUGUUGAAGCAAACAGUGGUCUUUACGUUUCCAGUGUUACGCCUCGUGUUGUCUUGUAUGCUACUUUGCUCGAUCUGAUCUAUGGUUUUAUUAACAAUGGGGUUGUCUCCUUCAAUGCAAUCAAAGGUGCUCCCGGAUACGUGUUCAGAAUUAUGGGUAACAAGUUUGAAAACAAUGGUGACUUGUUCUUUUCAGCUUCAGGUGAAGGAUCUAUGGAGAGCGAUAUAAAGAGUACCGACUGGCAUAACAAUGGGUUGAUCCAUGUGUACCAGCUGAUGAAAAGUGACAGUUACACAUUAUUGGGCAUGGAUGGAAUGACAGCUACCAAUAAUGGCCAAAUUUGUUUCACCAAUCAAAACUAUAAGCAACUCGCAAGCUUGAUGGGAACUGGCUGUGUUACUGCACAAGGUAAAUCUUCGUUUUACUUUAUGAACACCAAUUUACAAAUUUCCGAAGGCCAAAUAUUUUACUUGACUAAUGGUGAAACAUCUAUCAUGGCCGUUGGAUCAAUCAACAAUCCUCAGACUUUCCAUGUAAGAGGUUUCGGAACAACCAAUGGUCUUGCAAACAAAGUUGGAUUGACAGCUACAUUAUCUUCGCCGGUGCCAGGAAGGAGCCCAUUCGCCUACGACGCCGAGAAGGGUAUUUUGACAUUGUAUGUCGGGUUGUACUCACAAAGGUUUGAAAUUGGAACUGGAUACGACUAUACCAAAUUCCAAAUCGUUACUGACACAAGCAGAGGUUUGCCAGGCAUAUACUUGGGUGCUGUUCAAUACAACGCUCCUCCACCAAAUAAGGGCGUGCCUCCAGAAUGUAAGCCAUGUAAGGCAAUACCUGGAAUUCCCGGAAUUGAUCCUCAACCAGAACCAACCCUGUCAGUCGAGCCAUCUCCUGAGACAACCAUGAAGUCAACUAUCAACCAAUCUGAUAACUCUGUUGCCCAGCCUGACACCCUGUCGACAUUUGAACCAACAACCACGACCACGACAGGUACGACAACUACCACAUUAACAACAGUAGUCACUACGACUUGGCUUGUGACAAAAUCAGACGGUACAGUUGAAACGGAAACCGGAAUUGUAUCUGAAUCUGAUAGUUCAUUGAGCACACUCACUACAUUUGAGCCAUCUACCACAACAAUCACAGACACAACAACUACAACGUCAACAACAGUAGUCACUACAACUUGGCUUGUGACAAAAUCAGACGGUACAGUUGAAACGGAAACCGGAAUUGUAUCUGAAUCUGAUAGUUCAUUGAGCACACUCACUACGUUCCAACCAUCGGUCUCAUCUGAUUUCGGUGCUUCGGAUUCAGCAGGUAACCCAAGCGGAAACCCAAGUGGCGGUGUUUCAGAACCAACAGGUCCUUCGACACAGACUACUACCCAGACCACUACUACGACAGAAACAACAACAACAACUGUCACGACCACAUGGACUGUAACAAAGUCAGAUGGAACUGUUGAAACGGAAACCGGAAUUGUAUCUGGAUCUGAUAGUUCAUUGACCACAAUCACUACGUUCCAACCAUCGGUCUCAUCUGAUUUCGGUGCUUCGGAUUCAACAGGUAACCCAAGUGGAAACCCAACUGGCGGUGCUUCGGAGUCAACAGGUAACCCAACUGGCGGUGCUUCGGAGUCAACAGGUAACCCUACUGGCGGUGCUUCAGAGUCAACAGGUAACCCUACUGGCGGUGCUUCAGAACCAACAGGUAACCCAAGUGUAAACCCUACUGGCGGUGCUUCGGAUUCAACAGGUAACCCAAGUGGUAACCCAACUGGAGGUACUUCAGAACCAACUGGCAACCCAAGUGGAAACCCAACUGGGGGUGCUUCAGAGUCAACUGGAAACCCAAGUGGUAACCCUACUGGUGGAAACUCAGAACCAACAGGUAACCCAAGUGGUAACCCAACUGGCGGUGCUUCAGAAACAACAGGUAACCCAAGUGGAAACCCUACUGGCGGUGCUUCAGAGUCAACAGGUAACCCAACUGGCGGUGCUUCAGAACCAACAGGUAACCCAAGUGGAAACCCUACUGGUGGAAACUCAGAACCAACAGGAAACCCAAGUGGUAACCCAACUGGCGGUGCUUCAGAACCAACAGGUAACCCAAGUGGAAACCCAACUGGAGGUGCUUCAGAACCAACUGGCAACCCAAGUGGAAACCCUACUGGUGGAAACUCAGAACCAACAGGUAACCCAAGUGGUAACCCAACUGGAGGUGCUUCAGAGUCAACCGGAAACCCAAGUGGAAACCCAACUGGUGGAAACUCAGAACCAACAGGUAACCCAAGUGGUAACCCAACUGGGGGUGCUUCAGAGUCAACAGGUAACCCUACUGGCGGUGCUUCAGAACCAACAGGUAACCCAAGUGUAAACCCAACUGGCGGUGCUUCAGAGUCAUCUGGUAACCCAAGUGGUAACCCAACUGGCGGUGCUUCAGAAACAACAGGUAACCCAAGUGGAAACCCAACUGGGGGUGCUUCAGAGUCAACUGGAAACCCAAGUGGUAACCCAACUGGUGGAAACUCAGAACCAAGUGGAAACCCAAGUGGAAACCCAACUGGCAACCCAACUGGCGGUGCUUCAGAUCCAAGUGGAAACGCAAGUGGAGCUGUUACUGAGACAGCUGGUAAACCUACUGGUCAUGUAUCUGAGCCAACCGGUGUUGAAAGUCGAACUACUGGAGCUAGCAAUACAAGCGGUAGUGGAAACGUGCCUGUUUUAUCGUCACUGAUCGAAGCUGGUUCUGUUAGUGGUGAUCAUGGUUCGAAUGGUGGUUCUGUAGCUGACAAUGGGUCUAACUCCGGCCAAGGUGAAAAUUCCGGAUCCAACGCAGGUGCAGGUUCGAGCUCUAAUAAUGGUCUUGGCGAUGACUCUGGAUCCAACACAGGUGCAGGUUCAGGUUCAGAUUCAGGUUCCAAUACAAAUGAUUCAGGUAAUGGUUCUAAUGGUGGUUCAGGUCCUGAUGCAGAUGUUAGUGCUACGAGAGAAGGACAAGCUUCAACUACAGGCGUUACCGAUUCAGCACUCUCAUCACAAGGAAGUGAGUCUUCUCCUUCAAGUGUUACUACAUACGAAGGUUCCGCUUCUAUUACCAAGAUAUCUUCGGUGACCAGUAUCAUGAUGUGCUUAGUGAUGGUGGUAGUCUUUUAG